AUGGAUUUGCUGACUCGUGGUAAUAGCGAGACAAAAUCGUAUUUGCAUGAAAAGAUGUGUGGCACACCAUCGUCCUCAUCCAACUGCUACCCGAACAAGACAAUUCCAGCCCAACAGGCUUGGCAUCUGCUUACUGCAGUUGAAGUAGGAGAUUCGGAGCAGCAGUCAUCGUCUACUCCAAUGGAUUAUCAGGAACAAAUAGGUGAACAUAUGCUGUUUUAUGAAACAACUGCCGAUAUUCAGACGAAAGUUGAACCUGGAACGAUGGAUUCAGUUUAUUAUUUUGAUGCCAACAACCAGCUACUGAACUGUACUGCUAAUACUGCAUCUGAGUGUUCUGGUCAAACACUGCAAGAAUUGAGUACACUCAUGCAAGAUCAGCAAGAAAUAGAUGUUAUACAAGACCGUUCAACGAGUACGUCAACGGUAUCGCAUUUGCCAAAUGAGCAGGGAAACUGCAUCUCAUACGCCACACAACAAAUAACACCAAUAAGUGGAAAUUCAACUUAUUCAGUACAACUUCAUAAUGCUUCGGCAUCCGGUGACAGUCAAAAUUCACUUACUCAGAUACUGUACAUGAGAAGUCAGAGACCACGGAUACAACCUCAUAUUCGACCCAAACCAUCGGAUGUUGCAGUGAAUGUGAAAGAUUAUCCACCGGCGGCACCAGUACCGGAAGCAUGGUGUCAUGCUUAUUACUAUGAACUUAAUCAACGAAUCGGUGAGCCCUUCAAAGGUGGUACUUCUCAUGUUAUUGUUGAUGGUUUUUGCGCACCAUCCGAGGCAGAAAGAUUCUGUUUGGGAGCUUUAGCUAACGUUAAUAGAAAUCCUGGAGUUGUGAAUGCUAGACGUCAAAUUGGACGUGGUGUUAGGAUUUUUCGUCAAGAUGAAGACGUUUACGCAGAAUGUCUGAGUGAAGCACCAGUGUUCAUUCAGAGUCCCAUACACGCUGUGAAAUCCCAUGAUCAUCCGGCUACCGUUUAUCGACUGCCAUCAGGACAUAUUAUGCAAGUUUUUGAUAACGAAUCAUUUGAAACUUUGUUAGCUCAGUCAACGAGCCAAGGUUUCCAUGCCGUCUAUUCCUUACAGAGAAUGUGCCAUAUGCGAAUAAGUUUUGUGAAAGGAUGGGGUGAGCAAUAUAAGCGGCAGACGAUAACAUCAACGCCCUGCUGGGUAGAAAUUCAUUUAGCCAUACCUUUACAAAAGUUGGAUCGCGUUCUGAGCCAGAUUCCAGGCCCCAAUGAUCCCAUUCACAGUUUUACAUAA